AUGUAUCAGAUUUUUAAAUUACUUCUGACACAAAACCAAUUCGAUCGAAAGUUUAGUGAAAGACACCCUAAAACUUGGAUGACAAAGAAUCAUUACCAUGAUGUUGAAUACUUCCAAGGUGAGCUAUUUGAAGUGUUGAAGUUGGACACAGCACCACGUUACACUGAAUUUUCAUUAGCUGAUGAUAAAAUAUCAUUCACCUUUUAUCGUGAACAAGACAAUCUUGUCGGAAGGUUGCUGCUAAUGGUGGUUUCUAUUGCUGUUCCAAUUGCUCAAGUUAUUUUGAUGUUUGGUUUUGCAAGAAAAAGUUCUGCAAGAAAAAUUUGGAAUAUUCAUUCUGCUUUAUUAUCUUUAUUAGCAAUACAUACAUAUCAGGCAGUUAUUGUUUCUAUUUUGAAAAAUGUUGUUGGUUCACCAAGACCGGAUCUUCUACAGCGUUGUUUACCAACAAAUUAUGCUUUACCACCUUAUGGUCAUCUUUCAAAUGUUGGUAUUUGUGGGAAUAGAAAUAUUGGAGACAUAAAUGAUGGUUUUAGAAGUUUCCCAUCAGGACAUGCAUCCACAUCCUUUGCAUCAGCACUGUUCAGUUUUUUCAUUACAUCAAGUCGUAUAAAAGUUUUUGAUGAACGAGGAAACUCUUUCAAAACAAUUAGUGCUUAUCUUCCAUUUUUCAUUUCAACAUUCAUGACUGCUACAAGAAUAUCAGACAAUAGACAUUCUUUUGUUGAUAUAUUUAUCGGCUCAUUAAUCGGUUUAGGGAGUGGAUAUCUUGGUUAUCAUAUGUAUUUCCCAGAUUUCAGAAACUUAUCACUUGCUGGUAUGGCAUUACCUCCAAGAAGAAUUGGGAAUCGUGGAAAGAAUGGGCAGCAUUCAUUUUGGAAAGUACCAGAAGAUAAUGACUAUGAUUACGAUAGUAGGGCUAGUGAUAUUGAGUUUAACGGUUCAUCCCUGUCAUUGUCAACGGAUUCUUCAGGAUCUCCUUCACCACCAAAAUCGAGACAUUCAAUAGCAUCACACCAUCCAUCGAGAUCGAGACCUCAAACAAGCAUAAAUCGACAAAGCGUUCGAUCUGAGAAGCUGAAUGAAUCUUUGGUUUAG